UUGGGGCUGGGGCCGGGGGUGGGGGGGGAUGGUAUUGCGUCAGCAAAUGAAGCUUAACUAGACUCCUGAGGCUUGUAAGAGUCUCUGGAUCAUGAAUAGGUAUUUCUUUGAGAAGACUCUACCUGCCCCCACCCCGGUCCUGACCGCUCUGCUCUCUCCGGCAGGUCAUGAUGAUGGGCAGCGCCCGCGUGGCCGAGCUGCUGCUGCUCCACGGUGCGGACCCCAACUGCGCAGACCCCGCCACCCUCAACCGACCCGUGCACGACGCCGCCCGGGAGGGCUUCCUGGACACGUUGGUGGCGCUGCACCGAGCCGGGGCGCGGCUGGACGUGCGCGACGCUUGGGGCCGCCUGCCCGUGGACCUGGCUGAGGAGCGGGGCCACCGCGACGUCGCCCGCUACCUGCGCGCGGCCGAGGGAGACUGAUGGCGCUUGCCACAGCCG